AUGGAAGGAAAGGACAGAAGGGAUGUCUUGGGUUUGGUGAGCCAGCUGCAGGAUGAGGCCGGAGAAGAUGAGCGAAUAGAAGAGGCGAAGGAGGACUACCUGGGGCAGGAGGAGCAGGGACUCCAGCAGGCCCAGGUUGACCAUGUGGAGCUGAGAGUAGAUCUACAGGCACUGACUCAGCACAAUUCAGCUCUCAAAGAGGACCAGAGACUCCACGCCAAGCUGGAGAACUUAGAGCAGGUCCUCAAGCAUAUGCGAGAGGUCACAGAGAGAAGGCAGCAGCUGGAGCAGGAGCAUGAGCAGGCGUUGGCUAUCCUCACCUUCAAACAAAAUGAGGUCAAACGAUUACAGAGGGCUCAAUUUGCUGCUAAGAAAGAACAAGAGGGGGUUGUUCAGAUGCUGGAGAGUACACUGGACUGCAUGCAGGCAACAGUCCUGGAGCUGGAGGAGAAGUGCAGGAGCCAGAGCCAGCAGUUUUCCCUGCUGUCCCACGAGCUGGAGCGCUUCCGUCUGCAGACGGGAGAUGUACCCGAUGCGGAAUUCUAUCAGUUGAUCAACGGAGUCAGAGAGCCAGAGUUCACUUCUCAUGUAUCAAGGCCAGUGAGGCCGUCAUGGCCGCCAGCUCAUCAGCGCCGGGUGCUGCCACCUAUCAGCUCAAAACCAGGACCCACAGCCACCUAUAGGCACCUCCCCCCAACGCCGGGGCCCCUCCCACUCCACACGCACAAAUCCCCAACAUCCUGUCAGGUUGUGGCUGCCAGAGAGGGUGGAACAGCAGCUGGAAAACCGAAAGUCUUCAUUGUCAGACACAGCUAUGAUCCAUACAAUGGCCCCAACCACAGCCCAGAGGUAGAGCUUCCUCUCAGAGCUGGAGAGUACAUCUGUGUCUAUGGAGACAUAGAUGAGGAUGGCUUCUAUGAAGGUGAGCUGAUGGACGGAAGGCGGGGGCUGGUCCCGUCCAACUUUGUGGAGCUGGUUUCCAUCGAGGACAUAACAGGCCUUCCUCAGUCAUCGGUCAGCGACUUCUCAUACAACCGCCUGCAGCUCCACCCUGAAAGCCUGGAGAGGAGCGACCCUCCCCGCCCUGAGGAGGGCGUCCCGGGCAGGACCCAGGGCCUGAUGACUAACGGCUUUGACACGGACGCGGAGGAGCUGGCCGUGGAUUCAGUGCCUUACCCGCGGAGGCUGAGCCUGAUCAAGCAGCUGGCCAAGAGCAUCAUCAUCGGCUGGGACCCGCCGCUGGUGCCCGCCGGCUGGGGCAACGUGUGGAGCUACAACGUGUUCGUGGACGAGGAGCUGCGGCUGAACGUGCCCUUCGGCUCGCAGACCAAGGCCGUGCUGGAGCGCAUGGACGUCAACCUGAAGGCCUACCGGGUGUCGCUGCAGAGCGUGACGGAGAGAGGCAGCUCGGACAGCCUGCGCUGCACCUUCCUGGUGGGGCGGGAUGUCUGCAUGGCCCCCACCCAGCUGCGGGCCGAGCACGUCGCUGCCACCUCCGCCCACCUCACCUGGUUGCCCAGCAACAGCAGCUACACGCACACGGUGUCUCUGAAUGACGGAGAGCGCUGGCUGGUUAAGCCGGGGGGCUACUCACUGUUGCUCAGCGACCUGAGGCCCCGGCAGCUCUACAGGGCCACGGUGGAAGCCAGGUCACACUGCACUCCCUGGGAGCUCUCUCUGUACGGCCGACAGCACAGGAGUGCGGCUGUGACAUUCAGCACCCUGGCAUCAGGGCUUCCUUCCCCCCCGCUGGAGGUGCAACUGGAGGCGGGGCCAAGCCCUGGCAUUGCCCUGGUCAGCUGGAUGCCCGUCGCUGCGGAUGCCGCUGGCACAUCAAACGGCGUCCCCGUGACCGGCUACACCAUCUACGCAGACAAGAAGAAAGUCCUGGAGGUGUCUUCACCCACAGCUGGCAGUGCGCUGAUGGGCCCCGCUCAGAUCCAAACGCUGCAGACUGCCCGAGAGCUGACAGUGCGGACCAUGUCGCCUCAGGGGGAGUCCCCCGACUCAGUGCCUGUCCCAGUCCUGCCCAACCUCACGGCCAUCACGUCGGGAGAGACUCUCGCUUGCCCGGGCAGAGCCACCGUCCCGGCCAUAAGCCCGCCCCUGGAUCUCUCUGCUGCCAAAAUGUCCACACUGCUCCACAGCCCAGCAGCAGACGCCCAGGCCCCCCUCCGCGGGGUACCCAGCAGUGCUUACAAAGCUAGAUCUACAGAUCGUGCCAGUGCUCUGUCACCGCAGGUCGGCUUGGCCUCCUCCUCCAUCGCUGUUCAGACGUUAGAGGCAGCCACAGGGCUGGGGAUGAGGGUUCCCACCAUCUCUGUCUCCGAGUUUCUGGAACACACAGACUCUGGGGCUGAGCCCCACCCUGCCACAGGCCCCGCCCCCCUGUCUCCUCAGGAGGUGGGUCCUAAGUCAAACCCGCAGGACCCUGCAGACACCCACCCCCAAAUUCCCAUCUGUCCCCAGCUCUCACCCCUGGAGCCCGGGACAGAGGACGGGAGUUCCAGGCGGAGCACCUGGGCGAGAUCUGCGGAUGAGUCUGCAGGCCAGCCCGAGCUCACUCCCCAGGAGCCCCGCCCCCUGAAGACACCGCAGGAGACCCAACAUGGCCGCUGUCUGAGUAGGGCUGGGGUGAGCUCUGACAUGUCCAACCUCCUGGAAAAGGAUGAGGGCCUCUGCUCUGACAUGCUAGGAGAGGAGUCUCAUGAAAGUACCAGAGAAGAUGGCAAGACAGAGCCAUGGGAGACGGACAGUGAUGAGGAGGUUCUGGCCAGGAUACUGAGGGCUCAGGUGCCUGUCACCAAGGAGCUCUCCAGCAUUCUCGAGGUGACAGAGGAGGAGGACAGCUGCCAGGAAACUGAUGAGCGAGAGCGAUGGAAAUCUCCCCAAAUCUCCCCCAGGCACCAAGCGCCUGAGCAGGACAAGCCCGCAGCCACAAGCAGCCCAGCGCCCUGCCCCACAAUCCCAAAGAGUUCUACACAUUGCUCCACAAUCUCGAACAGUCCAACACACUGCUCAACAGUCUUGAACAGUCCAACACACUGCUCAACAAUCCCAAACAGUCCAGCACCCUGCUUUACAAUCCUAAACAAUCCAGCACCCUGCUCCACAAUCCUAAACAGUCCAGCACCCUGCUCCACAAUAGCGAACAGCCCUACUCAUCGACCCAAGAGUCCCAAUGACCCCAUCUAUCGCUUACCAAUUCUGGAUAGCACUGCACACUGCUCCACAAUGGCAAGCAACCCUACUCAUCAGUCCAAGACAAGUGAUGACCCCAUCUACCACUCACCAAUUCCGGUUAAGUCCGCACACUGUUCCACAAAGGUGAACAGCCCCACCCAUCAAUCAAAGAGUCCGGAUAGCCCUGUCUACCAUUCCACAAUUCUAGAUGACCUUACCCACAGCCCUGCCCAUCGCUCCAAAGUUUCAUUUAGCUCCUCCUACUCCAUAAUUCCAGAUGGCCCAACACAACAUUCUGCCCCUAUGACUCAAGAGAUAAAUAUUUGUGCCCCUGCCAGCGACAGCCAUUUUAACACCAAACACAAGUGCUCAGAGGAUCCUAAUCCCCACCAGCAUGUCACCAGGGACCCGAGCAGAGGAAGCCCACAUGAGGCCCAUGAUCUCAGUGGGUACAUGACCAUCCCUCAACCCAAGAGCAAGCCACGCCACAGGGUGCACUACUCCGACGUCGUGGACACCAUCACCUAUCAGAGAGAGGAGUACGACUCGGACAGCAGCGUCUACGUCUCCGGCAAGGAGGCCCGGAGGCCGCGGCAGAGGGGUCACAAGCCCCCGCACCAGAGGGGCCAUCCCGAGAGCAGAGGGGACCCACUGAGGAGGGAGGCCCUUCUGCGCAGUCAGAGGGCCUCUGCUAAACUGCCGCUGGGCCACUACCUCGGCGGCAAGACAGUAGUGAGGACCAGGGCCCCGGUGACCUCGGGGCUCGAGAUCGACGUGGAGUACGGGACAGAGGACGAUGAGGGCCUCCCUUAUGACCCCGCUGGCGUGGUGGUGGAGCAGAUGAGCUCAGAGUGGUGGGUGGAAGGUGGGAGCCCCAAUGUUUUUGAGGCUCUCCAGCCCAAAAUACAACCCAGGGCCUUGCCUUUUAAGACAGAGGCAGCUAAUCUCCCGCCUAGCCACAGCAGCAGAGGGGUUGGCCCUGGGACAGAGGGGAGGGGUCAAACUGGAGUGGGGGAUUUAGGAGUUUGCAGACUGGACUACCUCACCCCUUCACCACGUGCCAAAAUUUAUUGGAAGGAGAGGAGCUACAACACUGACCGUGGAAGCACAAGGGAGAUCCUCAGCCACCGAGGCCCACAACUGACCAGCAAACCAGGAAAGACAGCCCGAGCGGAAGCAAGGCAGCUCAAAGACGGAGUGAGGCUGGCCAGCCCCGAGCGUGUGGACCCCGAGGGCCCGGCGUGCGAGGGCCAGGCGCGCCUCUUCGUGGCGCUGUUCUCGUACGACCCCGCCCUCAUGUCUCCCAAUCCCGACACGGCUGAGGAGGAGCUGCCAUUCAAGGAGGGGCAAAUUAUUAAGGUGUAUGGCGAUAAAGACCAAGAUGGCUUCUACAGCGGGGAGUCAGCUGGGUGCUUCGGCUACGUGCCGGGCAAUAUGGUGUCAGAGAUCCAGGUGGAGGAUGAGGUGGCCAGGGCUCAGCUCCUUCAGAAGGGCUUCCUCUCUCCGGAACCUUCCACUGAUGAUAAAGAUCCCAGCAAGCUAGCCAACCAGCCUCAGGAACCGCUCCCCCGCAGGAUGGUGGCCAUCUUUGAUUAUGACCCCCUAGAGAGUUCCCCCAAUACAGACACUGAGGCUGAGCUGUGCUUCAGUGCUGGGGAUGUGAUAGACGUGUUCGGUGACAUGGACGAGGAUGGCUUCUUUCAUGGACAUCUUAAUGGGCGUGAAGGCCUGGUGCCAUCCAACUUCCUGCAAGCCCUUCCUUUGCCUGAAGCCCAGGCGAUGGGGGGGCUGGAAAGGCCCCAACAUCAACCAGAGAUGCCCAAGCUCAAGCCACACCCCCAGAGACAAAGAAGGAAAAGUGUAUUUGCAUUCAACCCAUAAAUAUGACAGUGCCCGUGAAGGAGGAGCAGGCUGAGAGCCUGCAGGAUAAGAGCAGAAGAGGCCUGUCUCUCAGAUGAAGGCCCGUGCCCUCACCCCUCCCCGUCUCUGUCUCCAUGGGCACUCUCACACCUCUAAAGCUUCUCCCCCCAGUGGAUCCAUGCUGAGAUCCAUGCUCCAUUGCCCUGUCAGACAAUGAGGAUCUAUGGGUUCUCUGCUGCAGGACACAGGCUUUAAUGUAUGCUAGCACUGAUGCUAGUACCCCCUUUAGCUACACAGAACCACCGAGUGCUCAGAAAUCUAAACACUUUCAACAAAAAGAGUGAGGUUACAAUUUCACUGUGCUGUCACUGUGUGUGUGUGUGUGUGAGAGAGAGAGAGAGUGAGAAAGAGAUACGAACAUUUUUUGUGUUGACUGGAGACAAUGGGGUGCUGAAGACUGAGGUCAGGACGAGCAUUCCUGAUUGUUGAUGUGGACAAACUUGCCCAGAAUAGAAAUAUAGCCUCCAGGGAUGAAGGAGCUGCUUCAGAUCAUUUCAGUUUGGAUUUGGUCAUGGCCUUCAGCGUGCACUACUACCCAAAUCCUCUGUAUUGUCCAUAAACAGCAUGGAUAUUUAAAUUUUAAUCAGAAUGUACCUGUCAGAUCUGGCCCUCAUGUACGUCUUCUGCACUUCUGUUAAAGUCAGACAGUUUGUAGUUGUUCUAGUACUUAUACUAGUACACAGUUCCAUGCAGAUUUUGUAAUUAGCCUUACAUGACCGCAGUUAGUCUUAAAUGUUUUGCCAUACACUUGUUUUAAUUGCAUGUAUUAAGUUAUCCAAAUGCUGCCUUGUUUAUUUUUUAUAUUUAGCCAUUCAUUACAGUAACAGGCAUGUUGUUUAUUUUAGUUAGGUUGGGUAAGGAAAUGUAGCCAAUUCUCAAGCACUUGUGUUAACACAAACAAUACAUGUACACUAUAGUAUCUGUGGCUGUUUGUUAUCAUGGUCACAUGUAUUCAAAUGUCGGGAAGCUGUGUUAUUGUCAGCCAUAUUCUUUUAAAGUUGAAUUUCUUCCAUGCUGUACAUAUUUGGGCCUGUUUUGGAAACUCAUUGUAAUUAUUCCUCUUUUCAAAUGUAUUAUGUUGUUUGUUUUAUUGAAUAGGAACACGUGAAUGAGAAAUAGCUGGGGAAUCUUAAGAUCAGACAUUUCAAUAAGAAAAUAACUUUUUACAGGAAUAAAGUAUAUUUUCACAUAAGA